AUGGUUGUCGGGUUGGUGUUGGUCGGUAAAGUAAGUUUUUAAAAUUCAUUUUAUAAUAAUGUUUUUGAAUGAAAAAACACAAAAAAAGGUUGCAUUUUGUCGUAUUAUAGAACAAAAGGUGCUCUUGUUUAGUUACGUGCCAAGUUUAAGUGCCAAGUCUUUAAACUACUUAAGAUGCUUUUUUAAACUAAAACAGAAAAAUAAAAGUUGCCGAAACAUUUUUUAAAACUUUUUGAUCGACUUAUAUCAAUAAUGAUUUUAAUACAAUAAAUUUUAAAGCUUGACUCAAUAUAAACCUAUCUAACAUUCAGGUAAUGAUCGACUGGGGUCCAGCAAUGACACACGGAAGGCACGGUUCCAUUGACUCUGCCUUCUUGGAGCAUAUGCAAAUGGGUAUUCCGAAUGGAGAUCCCUCGAAACUUGCCCUGCCCAGAACCCCCAUCAUAAUAGACCGGCCUGAACUUCAGUUCAGUGGAGCCAACGGCUGUCGCUCUUCUCUGCCUCAAACUCACUUGCCUCGGGCAAUGAAUCGACCGCCAAGUCUGGUAAUUGCAAAUCAGGGUUUGAAGAAGGAUGGCAGCGGUACCGAUGAGGUGGGACUGAAUGGUGCCAUUGACUGUAUUGUAUAUGGUCAGUAUGAGAGCACAAACAACAGCAAUGUAAGUGUUUGGUAUGUUAUAGUUUAUAAAAGUGUUUAGGGGUCGAGUUUUGCUGGAAUGAGUCACAACAGUUCCUUUAAACGAACUGAAAGUGCUGUCAGUUCGAAGAGGAGUCAGUCGAUCAGGUCAGGCCACAGUACACCGAUGCCUCCAUCGAUGGCUCCACCUCAAUAUACAGAAUGUAAUUGUACUCACAUGGUUGGAAAGUCUUGUACAGCGUCGGCAAAUUCUAGUAUUAACAAUAACAACUAUCAGGUGGGCUCAACAACGAAAAUUCUUUUUUAAAAAUAUUUUGAAUUUUAAAGAUUUUAACCUUUUAAAACCUUGAUAACUUAUUCCAUCUUCAGGACUAUGGCACAAUCCAUAGGUCUACGCCGUCGCCGCUUUUGACCUCAUCGUCUCCGCCGACUCCGCCAGUCAACGGCGUUCAGUCUCCGCCGACCAAUCAGCGCCCGAUACUGGAGCCGAUCCGCCCGCCGCCUCCGCCGCCGCGCAACGCUCAUCUCUAUCAAGGAGAAACAUUUAUCAUAAACGAGCGGAGCUAUCUCAUCUGA